GGUAAGUAGCCCACCACGUGUGCUUGGUUAACGCAGCAUAGUCACAGCAGAACCUCCGGCUGCGGAGAGGCAGGCUGGGUCUUGGUCAAUAAGUUUCUGCAUUUAAGGACAAGAUGUCUUUCCGAGGCGGGGGUGGAAGGGGAGGUGGCUUCAGUCGAGGUGGUGGUGGAGGCAGAGGUGGAUUUGGUGGCCGAGGUGGAUUUGGCGGCAGAGGAGGCGGCUACGGAGGCCGGGGAGGUGGUGGUGGGGGCCGUGGGGGCUUCAGACAGGACUACGGACCUCCAGAGUAUGUAGUGGGAUUAGGAGAGUUCAUGCACCCAUGUGAAGAUGACAUUGUGUGCAAGUGCACUGCAGAAGAGAACAAAGUUCCUUACUUCAAUGCGCCCGUUUAUUUGGAAAAUAAGGAACAGAUCGGAAAGGUGGACGAAAUAUUUGGACAGCUCAGGAGUUUUUACUUUUCAGUCAAACUCUCAGAAAAUAUGAAGGCAUCUUCAUUCAAGAAAUUACAGAAGUUCUAUAUAGACCCAGCAAAGCUGCUUCCCCUGCAGCGGUUCCUGCCUAGACCGCCGGGUGAGAAGGGUCCUCCGAGAGGCAGGGGGAGGGGUGGCAGAGGAGGACGAGGAGACUGGGGUGGAGGAGGACGAGGGGGUCGUGGAGGUGGUUUCCGGGGUGGACAAGGUGGUGGAGGAGGCUUUAGAGGAGGCUUUAGAGGAGGGAGAGGAGGAGGUGGUGGCCGAGGUUUCAGAGGUGGAAGGUGAUGAAAACGGGAAGUGGGACCUGCACUGCUAUGGUUCCAGUUUCUGCAUCAGCUGUUUGCCAUCAAAGAGGCUGCAGCUCAUCUGCUGGUUUCUUCAUAUUUAAGAGAACGUGUUUUAGAGACAGUGACCAGUAAAUAACUAUUUUAAAUUGCUUGUUAGUUUCACAUUUUGUAUGAGCAGUCCAAUCAGGGGUGCCUUUGUAAUUAAGUGUUUUGGGAUAACAUUAUGUGACUUUUUUUCUACGAUUUUUUAAACCUAACUUUUUUUUUCUGGUUUUGUUAUUUUGGUAUUGCCUACUUUUUAAAAAAUGUAUUUAACUGAAACCGUUCUUCAUAUCGCAAGCUGUGAUGUUAGGAAAUACUAUUUCAGGUCCCAUUCUGGUCAAAUAUUUCUAAAGCAUUGUAUAUAACUUAGUGUUUUCAAGUUACUUACUGAAGUAAGUUUUGCCUGGAAUUAUAUUGCCAACAUUUACUAUUUGUACUGUACUGUACUGUACUGGGAUCUAAUACAAUAAACCCACCCAUUAAGAAG